CGCCGCCCGCAGCUGCGCGCCUGCCCGCCGCGCCCCGCGCCCGCCGCUUCUUGCUUCACCGCGCGGCCGCCGUCGCCUCCCCGCGAGCGGCCCAGAUGCAGGCCAUCAAGUGUGUGGUGGUGGGAGACGGAGCUGUAGGUAAAACUUGCCUGCUGAUCAGUUACACAACCAAUGCAUUUCCUGGAGAAUAUAUCCCCACUGUCUUCGACAACUACUCUGCCAAUGUUAUGGUAGAUGGAAAACCCGUGAAUCUGGGCUUAUGGGAUACAGCUGGACAAGAAGAUUAUGACAGACUACGCCCCCUCUCCUAUCCGCAAACAGAUGUGUUCUUAAUUUGCUUUUCCCUGGUGAGUCCUGCAUCAUUUGAAAAUGUCCGUGCAAAGUGGUAUCCUGAGGUGCGACACCAUUGUCCCAACACUCCCAUCAUCCUCGUGGGAACUAAACUUGAUCUGAGGGAUGAUAAAGACACGAUUGAGAAGCUGAAAGAGAAGAAGCUGACUCCCAUCACCUACCCCCAGGGCUUAGCAAUGGCUAAGGAGAUUGGUGCUGUAAAAUACCUGGAGUGCUCAGCGCUCACGCAGCGAGGCCUCAAGACAGUGUUUGAUGAAGCCAUCAGAGCCGUCCUCUGCCCACCCCCUGUCAAGAAGAGGAAGAGAAAAUGCCUGCUGUUGUAAAUGCCAGAGCCCCCCAUCCUUGCCCCGCCCCCUGACCCUUUGUAUGCUUUGCUCAAAAACAGUGGAGCCUUCGCACUCAAUGCCAAGUUUUUGUUACAGAUUAGUUUUUCCAUAAAACCAUUUUGAACCAAUCAGUAAUUUCAAGGUUUUGUUGAAAGCAUAAGAGUUUGAACUUUCACAUUCUAUUAAAAUUUAGCCCUAAAACGACAAGCCUUAUUAAAGCCUUAUUUUUCAAAAGCCCCUAUUUUGCUCAGAUUAAGAGUUGCCAAAACACCCUCUGAAUUAAGUCGCAUUGUUGUGCUACAAACACUAAGCACUAAACUGUUUGAAAGACCUUUGUCUUUAAAGACUGUAGCUUCUGAUGUCAGUAAACGCAGCCACUUUCUGACUGGUUUUCAGACAUGUUGAAGCGGUUACAGCCUCCUUAGUGAACUGUUGCCAUUUAACGCAUUCAGUAAUUUAUCAGCCCACGUUCACAACGUAACCUUGUACUGUAUGUUGUAAUGGAAUGAGUCUAACAGCUCAACCUUUUGGAUCAAUCUUUUUGAUUUUGUAGUGAAAUUUUUUAAACUAUUAGUUUGUUAGCUUUUGCUGAGAUUUUGAACAGAGAUCUUGUCCACGUGUUUCCUCUGAUGAAGUAUUCUGCUGGGGUGGAGUGUGGGGGACACUUGAUGUGAUCAAAGGAUGAAGACAGUAUUUUGACAAAAUAUGAAGUGGCGAUUGAUUUACACUACAUUGUACAUGGAAUCAUGAAACUGAAUAAAAGCGUCACGGGUAAAA